AUGAUUAACUCAAUAAAAACAUAUGAAAAAGAUCCUUCUUUGGAAGUUAUCAUUUCAAAUCACAGUAUUUCUCAAAUAAGAGAUGAAUAUUUGGUCCAAAUCGAUGGAUUUGUUGAAAAUUCUAUAAAUACAGAUCGAAUACUUGAGUUGCAUUAUUGGAUUGAUUCAAAUCAUCAACAAGAAAACUUAUUUAAUUCUAAUUACAUCAACAUUAAUCCAAAUUAUCCAUUUUCACAUAACAUUCGAAUUGAUAAUCAAAACAACGAGUUUUUUUCAAUUUCAUUUGCCUGCAUAGAUCAACAUCAAAUGAUCUAUAGUAAUAAAAUUAAUUAUAAUUAUAGUCUUGAUAAAACAUUAGAUCUCAAAAAUAAAUUACAUGAUGAAACGGAAGAUUCUGAUCCAUUUAUUCCAACAUAUAAUAAAUUUAUUCCAUUAGGUGUAAAAUUUUUUGAAACAGAUUUGAAAAAAUAUGAUGCACUCCCAGUUUUUAAUUCCACUCUUUUCAACUCAGCACAUAUAAAAAGGAACAUACUUAGAACUAAUGGUACAGCAUUAGAAAUUAUUAGAGCUGGUAAGAGAAUUCCAUAUAGACAGGAAUUUUGGAAAGUAAAUAUAACAAUUGAUAAUGGAGUAUGGAGGUGUUUGGGCAUUAACUACACUAAAGAUAUUGAUUUCAGCACCAAUUAUUCUGUGAAUUAUGAAAAGAUAGGCAAAAAUUUAUAUGCUCCUGUUGAUGUACCAAUUAAUGAAUAUGGACUUGGUGAACAUUGCAUUUAUUUUUAUUUUCGUUAUGAACACAUGGAUGAUCCUAUGAAUAAUUUUUCUAGAUCAAUAAAAGUAUAUUUUGAAAUUUUUAGACCAAUAUUAAUUCUUUCUGCUACAACACCAAAUACAUCUUCAAAUGGAAGUAAUAAACAAAUACAAUUCAAAGUUAAAUUCGAUUAUUCAAUAAACACUGAUUUCUUGUUCAAUUAUACACUUGAUUCGUUACAUACACAAUCAAUAAGUAUUUCUUUAUCACAAGAAAUAGAAGAAAAAACAUUCACAAUGGAUGUGCCAGACCUUUCAGUUGGUCAACAUCACAUCGAUUUUAAAGAUGAUAUCAAUGAGUAUUCAAUCCCAUUCGAAGUAUUUAAUGAAAAAUCUCCUGAGAUUGAGUAUUCAGAAACAACUACACAAGGAAAUCCAAAUUCUCACAUUAAAGGAAUCAGUGAGACAGUAUCAAUUAAUUGUAAAUAUCGAGAUUUAGAUGGAAAUGGGAAAAUUUAUUUCAAUUAUUAUUUCGAUAGCAAUCAACCAACAUCGAUUUUUGUAUCAGACCUUACAAACACAAAUUGGAUAUCAUAUUCAAAAACGAUUAAUAUUGAUGGCUUAACAACAUCUGAUUCAACAAUUCACUCAUUAACGAUUUUCUUUUCUGAUGAGACAAAUCAUAAAUCAGCAUUGAAAAAGUAUUAUUUCAAAUAUGUUCGAAAUCAUCCAGUCUUAAGUUUUGUUCAAAGUCCUAAGAGUUCUUUCACAUAUCAAGUUGAUAAAACAUUAGAUGUUAAUCUUCGAUAUUCAGAUCUUCGCGGAAGUGGAACAUCAUCAAUGAUUUAUUAUUCAUAUGAUAAUAACAAUUAUUAUUCACAAAUAAAAACGAUUUCGAUGACAUCAAACCAAAUAACAACAUCAUUCUCAAUCGGAUUAGAUCAGUUUUCAAAAGAAAUAUCUCACACUAUAAAUUUCAAAGCAAUCAAUUCAUUUAAUGAAGAAACUGCUAAUAUUCCGCAUCAAAUCAUAAUUAGCUAUUCCAAUCCUAAAUUAACAAUAACAACUCCACCUUCUUCAUCAUACACAAGGAAUAUAGAUUAUUUCAUCUCUGUUUCAGGAACUGUUCAAGACACAAAUCUUGGAACUAUUGUUUUGCAAUAUAAAUAUGAUAACAACGAUGUAUUCAAUACAAUUGAUAGAAUCACCAUAACUGGAACAACACAAAUUAUAUCAUUCUCAGCAAAUUUAUAUAUUGAUAACGCUAUGACAGAAAAUACCCAUUCGGUCACAAUCCGAAUUAUUGAUUCAUAUAAUAAAAUUCAUCAAUUGAAUCCAUAUUCUUUCACAUAUAAAUAUCCUAAACUGGAUAUUCAGUUUAUCGAGAAAUAUGAUGUAAAUAGAGCCCCAAUAUUUUUUCGAGGAUUUAAUGAUACAAUAAAAAUCCCAGUUAUUGUUUCUUAUUUUACUGAAGUCCAAAAAUUAUUUAUAAAUUAUGUAAUCGAAAAUACUAACUAUAUCGGUCAACAGGAAUUAUCAAUGAAUAAUGAAAUAUCUCGAGCUACUGAGAUCCAAUUUCAAGUUCCAAAUACUUAUGAAGAAAAUAAAUAUAAGAUCAAAAUAAAUGUAGUCGAUAGUACAUAUUUUAAGAACUCAAAUGAACUCUAUUAUUUGUUUAAUUAUACAUGUGCUGAACCAUUUAAACAUAAAUUUUGCACUCAAAAUUACAAUAUUUAUCUAAUGAACAAAUUAGGUUUAAAUACGGCUUUACUACUUGGAUUUGAUUGA